GGGGUGUGGAUGGAUGGGAUAACCAUGGUGUGGGGGAUGCUGGGUCCAUCUGGGGUAUGGAUGGAUGGGAUAACCAGGGAACAGGGGAUGCUGGGUCCAUCUGGGGCACGGAUGGAUGGGAUAACCAGGGCAUAGGGGAUGCUGGGUCCAUCUGAGGUAUGGAUGGGUGGGAUAAAUGUGGUGUGGGGGAUGCUGGGUCCAUUUAGGGUACAGACAGGUCCAUUUGGAGUAUGAGGUGUGGGAAGUGUCGGAUCCUUUUGGGAUGAGAAUGGGAUACAUGGUGUGUGUGGGGUGCUGGGUCCAUUUGGGGUAUGGAUGGACGGGAUAACCGGGGCAUAGGGGAUGCUGGGUCCGUCUGGGGUAUGGAUGGAUGGGAUAACCGGGCUGCAGGAGCCAAGGCUCAGCCCUUGCUCUUUCCUUGCAGAGGAGCCAGGAGGAGCAGGCAGCGGGGAAGGACAGGCAGCUGAGUGCCGACGGCGAGUUCUCCAUGGAGGAAAACUCCCUGUACAGCUCCCGGGGCAAAGGCGUGGAGCACGACUUUGAGGUGACGCUGAGGGCCACCGAGUCCUCGGAGCGCUGCCGCCUGCGGGGCCGCUUCGUGCUGCGGGCGGGCGAGGAAGCCUUGGAGCUGCGGGAUGUGCAGAGCGGGGACGUCCUCUACAGCUGGCCCUACCGCUUCCUGCGGCGCUUCGGGAGGGACAAGGUACGGGGAUGCUCAAAGCGGGGUGGGGACGGCGGUGGGGACAGCCCUGGAGAUCGUAGAACUGAGGUUGGAAAAGACCUCCAGCAUCAUCGAGUCCAACUGUCAACCCGUCCCCACCGCGCUCAUAGAUUGGUUGAGGUUGGAAAAGACCACUAAGGUCAUCGAGUCAACCCUUGACCCGUCCCCACCGUGCCCAUAGAAUCGUUAAGGUUGGAAAAGAGCU